ACAUUCUCGAUCAUCACUGUUCCCGUCAUCUUUCAUUCUCUCUCAUUUUUCUUACCAAGAAAAAAGGAACCAACAAAAUUAUAAUAAAAAAUAAAAAAUAAAAAAUAAAAACUACCUCAUCACCAGAUCUGAGAAGCUCUCUAUAUUAUUUGUUUGUGUUUUCGUUCUUUAAUCCUUCAUUUCUUUUUUUGAUACUUAAAGAUGCAAUUUUUAUAUGAAUUCUUCAAUCUUUGCUGAAUGGGUAUUGAUCAAAAUGUGUAACUGAAGCUGUGUUAGGCUUUAUUUUUUUUGUUUUCUUGUAUUGAGUUGGCAAUAAAGAUACAUUCUUUAUUAAUAUUCAGAGAAGAAUGAUGAUUCUGAUUUUUGUAGAUUUUUAGUUGAUUAUAUUAUGUAGAUUUAAACUGGGUUGGGUUUUUUCGGUUAAUUUUUGCGGGGGGAGAUUGAUUUACCGGAAAUUGAUUUGCGAUGAUGACGUCAUCACCUCCUCGGCAGUCCGACGACGGAGGAGGAGGAUCGAAUUAUAUUCAACACCAAGUUACAAAAUUUGAUACCCUUCCUGGUGUAGCAAUCAGAUAUGGCGUUGAGGUGUCUGAUAUUAAGAAGUUGAAUGGGCUGGUUUCGGAUCUCCAAAUGUUUGCUCGAAAGACACUUCAAAUACCAUUACCUGGGAGGCAUCCACCAUCACCUGCUGUCUCAAAUGGUCAAGACACCCAAGGGCCAAGCAGCUCUGAGCAGAUCCCUCCUAUGAACAAAUACCCUGAUUUGUUUGGUUCAUUUCAAUCCCUGAAAUUGAAGUCUUCCUCCCAGCAAAGAGUUUCACCAGCCAUGAGCUCUUUACUAGGUUAUCAGGGCCCUAAACUGGCAGAUCAGAAAGUUGCAUCUGAAGGUUUUGAAAUGGCUGUCUAUCGGAAAGGAGUAUCACAUUAUUUAGAAGAUGGACCAUUUGUCAUGUCAACUCAUCAUUCUAAUCAACCACGUGGUCUUCAUAGAAAAUGUAAAAGUGUAGCUAAUGAUAUGUCAGAGAACGGAGUAGGUAGCGCUGAAAAUUGCUCUAAUAGAUUGUUCGAGAAAUUGUCUAGAAGGCGCCAAAAAUCUGAGGCUGAUUUCAGUUCCCGCACGCCAGAAGUGCUGUUGAAAGAAGAUAACAGCAGUGGCAGCGGGUUUUCUGCUGCUGCUGGCAAAGGUUUGGCUUUGCGACCUAAAUCAGCUAGUCGAAUUCUCCUUGGACCAGAUGCUGAAGCAAGUUCCAUAAAUCCUAUCACUAUGCUGUUGAACGAUUCUUUUCUGAACGACAGUGCAAGUGUCAGGAAGUCAUCGAGUACACCGAGUUUGCAGGAAUCAGACAGUAGCACGUUAUCUUCCCUAUGGACAACAUCCAAGUGGAAUUUGAAGCCAGAUUUCCAGGCAAUUUCUACUGCCGCAAUUACCAAACCAAUCUUUGAUAGCCUUCAAAAGCCCACUGGUCCUCGAAAAAGCAAGACUGCUGUUGAUUAGCUAUUCUUUCUGCAUUUUUUGUUAGUCCUCUUCUUAAGAACUAGAAACUGAAAACUAGCUAUAAAAGUAAAGCACUAAAAAUACUGGCUUAUUGCUGUCAUUUCAUCUUCCAUUCCUUUUUUUCUGUUGCAAAAAAAGGUUAAGUUUAUUCUUAGAGUUGAAAA